UCCAUCCCACUCUCCCGGAUCCGGCAUUGCGCCAUGGCGUCGUCGGCGUCCCGCCAUCUCCUCCCCCUCCUCCUGCUGCUGCUGCUGGUUGUGGCCGUGGGAGGCGUGUUCGGUGGUGGGGGUGGGGGUGGAGGGGAGAGGACGUUCAUCGUGCGGGUGGAUGCGGACGCGAAGCCGUCGGCGUUCCCGACCCACGCGCACUGGUACGAGGCGGCGGUGAUGACGGCGGCGGCGUCGGGGGGCGGAGGGGAGUGGCGGGAGGGCGGCCCGCUGAUCCACACCUACUCCGCCGCCUUCCACGGCUUCUCCGCGCGGAUGUCGCCUGCUGCGGGCUCGGCGCUUGCGGCGGCUCCUGGGGUGGCGGCGGUUGUGCCGGAGCGAGUCCGCCACCUCGCCACCACGCGCUCCCCGCAGUUCCUUGGGCUGCUGUCGUCCCCGCCGUCGGCGCUGCUCGCGGACUCCGACUUCGGAGCCGACCUCGUCAUCGCCAUCAUCGACACCGGCAUCUCGCCCACCCACCGAAGCUUCCACGACCGCGGGCUUGGUCCGGUGCCGCCCAAGUGGCGCGGGGUGUGCUCGUCGGGGCCCGGAUUUCCCCCCAACUCCUGCAACCGCAAGCUCGUCGGCGCGCGGUUCUUUUCCGCCGGGUACGAGGCCACCUCCGGCCGCAUGAACGAGACGGCGGAGGUCAGGUCGCCGCUCGACACAGAUGGGCACGGGACGCACACGGCCUCCGUCGCCGCCGGCCGCUACGUGUUCCCGGCGUCCACCCUCGGCUACGCGCGCGGCGUGGCCGCCGGUAUGGCGCCCAAGGCACGCCUCGCGGCGUACAAGGUGUGCUGGGUCGGCGGCUGCUUCGACUCCGACAUCCUCGCGGCAUUCGACGCCGCCGUUGCUGAUGGCGUCGAUGUCGUGUCCCUCAGCGUCGGUGGUGUCGUCGUGCCGUACUACCUUGACGCCAUUGCCAUUGGGGCAUUCGGCGCGACCGAGGCUGGGAUUGUAGUUUCGGCUUCGGCCGGCAAUGGCGGCCCCGGUGGGCUCACGGUGACCAAUGUGGCUCCCUGGAUGGCCACGGUAGGCGCUGGGUCCAUGGACCGCGCCUUUCCGGCCAACGUGCGGCUCGGCAACGGCCAAGUACUCGACGGUGUCAGCGUGUACGGCGGACCAGCGCUCCAAUCCGGCAAGAUGUAUGAGCUUGUAUAUGCCGGAGCAAGCAGUGGAGCUGCCUCAUCUGCGGCUGAUGGCUACUCGGCGUCCAUGUGUCUCGACGGCUCCCUCGACCCCGCUGCGGUGCGUGGUAAGAUCGUGGUGUGCGACCGCGGCGUGAACUCGCGCGCCGCCAAGGGCGACGUGGUUCACCGCGCGGGCGGCGUCGGGAUGGUGCUCGCCAAUGGGCUGUUCGACGGCGAGGGCCUCGUUGCCGACUGCCACGUUCUGCCAGCCACAGCCGUCGGGGCGGCCGCCGGCGAGAGGCUUCGUAAGUACAUUGGGUCGUCCACGCGGCAGGCGCCGGCCACCGGCACCAUCUUGUUCGAAGGCACCCACCUCGGCGUGCACCCGGCGCCCGUGGUGGCCGCGUUCUCGGCGCGCGGCCCGAAUCCCCAAUCCCCGGAGAUACUCAAACCGGACCUGAUUGCUCCCGGCCUGAACAUCCUCGCCGCAUGGCCCAGCGGCGUCGGUCCGGCCGGCAUCCCCUCUGAUGGCCGCCGCACUGAAUUCAACAUCCUCUCGGGCACAUCCAUGGCUUGCCCACACGUCUCCGGCCUCGCCGCAUUGCUCAAGGCGGCGCAUCCUACCUGGAGCCCCGCGGCGAUCAAGUCAGCGCUCAUGACCACCGCCUACAUCAAGGACAACAGCAACGGCACCAUGGUGGACGAGUCCACGGGCGUCGUGGCCGACGUGUUCGACUUCGGCGCUGGGCACGUUGACCCGAUGCGCGCCAUGGACCCUGGUCUCGUCUACGACAUCACCCCCGCGGACUACGUCAACUUCCUCUGCAACCUGAACUACACCGAGCAGAACAUCCGGGCGAUCACCCGGCGGCCGGCGGACUGCCGCGGCGCGCGCCGGGCGGGGCACGCCGGGAACCUUAACUACCCGUCCUUGUCCGCCACGUUCGUCGCGGACGGCACCAGGGCGACGAUGAAGACCCACUUCAUCCGGACGGUGACCAACGUCGGCGGCAGGCGGGCGGCGUACCGCGCGACUGUCAGGGCGCCCGAGGGGUGCACGGUGACCGUCCAGCCGCGGCAGCUGGCGUUCCGGCGCGACGGGCAGAAGCUGAGCUUCACCGUGCGGGUGGAGGCCGCGGCGCCCGCCAAGAAGAUGGAGCCCGGGAGCUCGCAGGUGAGGAGCGGCGCGGUGACGUGGAGCGACGGGAGGCACACCGUGAACACCCCAGUCGUCGUGACAGUGCAAGCGCCGCUGCAGUAAUAAGACCAAAGGAAAAACGAAAAAAAGUUCCCCGUGCCGACGCCGAUUAGAGCGAGGCGAACACCAUCUCAGUGUUGUUCUCCAGUGAGUGAGACAUUGCUCCUUGGACCAUAAUAAUGGUAUUAUUAGUAUCCACUAGCGGUAGUAUUAGUAUUUAUUAUACAUAUGUAUAAGCUUAAGCUAUACUUGAACUCUAGCUCAGGGUUCUCUAAUCUUCUGCUGUUCUACCUCCCUACUCCCUAAUCUCGAUCUUCUUUUCCUUUCUUCCUGAAGAAUGCGGCAUGCCAUUAUGUGGCUUCGCAGUGGUACUAGAGUUUGAGGGUUUUCAAGAGGUUUAUGAUGUGUGUAAAGAGGCAAGGAGUUGAUAUGAUAUAAAUCAUCUCAU